AUGGGACAAAACUAUGGCCCGGAGACUAGCCAUGAGGAGCGCGAUCUGCGCCGCAUGCAAAUUGUAUAUGCGGGGAAAAUGCGCGAACGCCAAGUGUUUAUGCAAGAGUUAAAGGAAUACCGUAAAAAGAAUUUCAAAAAAGUUUUCAACAGUGUCAAGAGAAGCGUUGGUCCGAUAUGGUAUCAUGCACUUAGUGAGCCACAAAGAGAAGCUUUAGACACCCUGGAGUUUUCAAUUUAUCAAGAUUUAUUGGAAGGUAGACCUGUCCGGUCAGCAGUAGUGAUGAGGCGGCUAGGUUUAUACCCACGACCCAAUAACAUAGAUCUUAUGAAUUGCUUAUAUUUAGGCAGAGAUGAUCCCAAAGUAAUGCUUUCUCAGCUGUUCGCUAUGACUUAUGGACAUCCCAUUGACGGCAAACGUGCUUCUUAUGAUUUAAACGCUAAACUCAUGUUAUCGGCCAUAUUGUAUUUAGGAUUGAGUAACUUGAUUGAAUUGCUGAAAAAAAGGUUUAGCCCGGAUCAACCAGAAAAACCGCCUCCAGCAAAACCGAAACAUAAACCUGAGCCACCACUAGCAUCUCCGUAUUUACAGAAAUUGGUUGCAGUGUUAUAUGAACCACCACGACCGAAGAAAUCCAAGCCUGCACCUUUACCUAAUUUGGACGAACUGAACGAACCAUAUGAAGAGGAACCGCCGAUACCAAAACCCCCACCACCACCACCUCCACCGCCCCCUCCUAAAAAAAGGAUACCAAUUUCCUAUUGCGAAAAACUCGCUGGUAUUAUGACUAUCGAACCUUACUCCAGUAACAUUGCUGUCAAAGCAGUGACACGUAGCAGUCAACGUAGGAUACGAGGAUCAAAACUGUGUGUCACAGAAGUGAAGAAAACAUAUGGUAUUAGCGUUACUAGACGAAAGAAGUCUACAAGGAAAAGAAAACCUAAAGCACCAAAGACGGGCCUAUGGAAUUCACAAUAUGUCAUAAACGGCGUUUGCGAGGUACAAGGGAAAACAGUGUUUGUUCUAGGAAGCGUAUUUAUAUUACCUCCGCUCGGUGACCUAAUACAUGGUGGAUACAGAUGUCUGGACGGCCAAUACGUUAACGUGCACUGUGGUUUCCGUGCGCUACCGCCACCACCGAAACCUGAUCCUUGUGAUUGCGCAAAGAAAUGGCAAACCAAAGUGUUUGAAUAUUUGAAAAACAGUAGAUGCUAUUGUAGACAUUAUUACGAUUACGGCAAUGAAGGAAAUUUUCUACCUGAGGAGCUGCCAUUUUUCCAGAAACCAACAAAACAUAUGCCUUACCAGUUUAAUUAUGACAAUAUAUACAAUAUAGAUCCGAAACAUCUUCACGUCGAUAAGGAGUUCAAAAGAAUUUGGGACACAGAAAGUUUGUUACGCGUAGACGACGGCACUUUAAUAGACAAGAAAGACAAAAAGAAGAAAAAGCGAUCGUCUACCACCUGUUUGGGUCAGAACCCCAAGCCUGAAGACUAUUUGAAAUGCGCACUCAGAUUGAUGAGACGUGUGAACGUUGCAGCGCGCCUUCCAGAUAUUCAUCUGGUGCCCGAGUUAAAAGAAUGGAUGCGACGACGAAUAUACGGUUCAUUCAAGGAAAAACAAAAGACUGAAAUGUUGCGAAAGAGUAAUAUGUAUUGGCAAAUGCUCCUGACAAUGGCAAUGCAAGGUUACGGUCAUGUGGCGCCACCUGUGGACCCUGCUUACGCUGGACACACGACUUGGGUUCAUAAGCAGAAUUUAAAUGAAAAGUUCAGGAAGUUCACUAAUCAAUAUAGGCUAGCUUUAUUCAGAUCUUUGGCUAAAGUGAACAACUUGAUGUGGUCUACAAUGUUUCAAGCGGAAAUGCCAGACAAAAAGUUUAGAGAGAUAUACUUUUCGUAUAUGUAUGCACGCCUCGAAGAUUUACUACUUAUGCAUCCAUAUUGCUCGACGGAAACUACAGAACGCAAAAUGACCAUAGCUAAAAAACGAUAUUGUUGUAUCCCAGCUGGUAUAGAACCACAAGAGUGA